UGAAGGCGCGUGCAUGAGUAGUAAAGUGUGCUAAAGGGCACGAGCAGCAGUGAGGUGUGGAGUUAGAGAAAAGUUCUCCGAGGUUCUGCAGAGGUUCUGUGUGUGAGUGUGUGUGAGAGUGUGUGUGUGUGUGUGAGAUUCGCAGUGCAGGAGAGGAGCGUUUUCUGUCCAUCAUGCUGCAGAACACAGGAAAGCUGUCCGGUUGUACCCUGUUCAUCACCGGGGCGAGUCGAGGCAUCGGUAAAGCCAUCGCCCUGAAAGCUGCUCGAGAUGGAGCCAACGUGGUGAUCGCAGCCAAGACUGCUGAGACGCACCCCAAACUGCCCGGGACCAUCUACACGGCUGCUGAGGAGAUUGAAGCUGCAGGGGGAAAAGCUCUCCCGUGUGUCGUGGAUGUCCGUGACGAGAAGCAGGUGAGCGAGGCAGUGGAGAACGCCGUGCAGAAAUUUGGAGGGAUCGACAUCGUGGUGAACAACGCCAGCGCCAUAAACCUGACGGGAACGUUGGACACGCCCAUGAAGAAGGUGGACCUCAUGUUGGGUAUUAAUAUGAGAGGAACGUAUCUGACGUCUAAACUCUGCGUCCCUCAUCUGUUAAAGAGUAAAAACCCUCACAUCCUCAACCUCAGUCCUCCUCUCAACCUCAACCCCAUCUGGUUUAAGAACCACACGGCUUACACCAUGGCCAAGUAUGGCAUGUCCAUGUGUGUCCUCGGGAUGGCUGAAGAGUUCCGUGGAUCCAUCGCCGUUAAUGCACUGUGGCCUCGUACAGCCAUUCAGACGGCGGCGAUGGAGAUGCUCGGGGGAUCAGGCGUGAGCAAACAGUGCAGGAAGGUGGACAUCGUGGCCGACGCCGCCUACGCCGUUCUCACCAAGCCGGUCAGCUACACGGGACACUUCCUAAUAGACGAGGACAUCCUGAAGAAGGAGGGCAUUAAAGACUUUGAUGUGUAUGCGGUGAAGCCAGGUCAUCCACUACUUCCUGACUUCUUCCUGGAUGAAGAUCCUGAAGCACUCAAGAAGCAGAUGCAGGAUCUCGAUGGCACUCCUGAAGUAAACGCCUCCUCCAGCCCCAUUUCUCAGACUUUUACUGUGAUUAAGGAGGUGAUCAACCCUGAACUGGUCAAAUCCACACAGGGGGUCUACAGGUUCGAGCUCUCCGGGGAACACGCUGGAAUUUGGUAUAUCGACCUGAAGAAUGGAGCAGGUGCAACAGGCAGCGGAGAACCUUCAGUUAAAGCCGAUGUGGAGAUGAGUUUGGACAGUGAAGACUUCAUCAAGAUGUUUAAAGGGAAGUUAAAGCCCACGAUGGCCUUCAUGUCUGGGAAGCUGAAGAUUAAAGGUGACAUGUCUCUGGCCAUCAAGAUGGAGAAGAUGAUGGCGCUGAUGAACAAGUCCAAGCUGUGAUCAGAAAGAUUCUCUUGCGAGCUCGAGUGUGUGACGGACUGAUCUUCUCUUUAACUAUCAUCUGAUACGACUUGCAUAUACGUUCAUCCUGUUUGAGUUUCUAUAGAUAAUAACACUACUGAAAAGAGGCUGUAAAAUUACUCACAUCUUUCACGUCUUCUGAUGUUCAGUGUGGAUUAAAAAAAGUUAUCAAUA